CGCCGGCGGCGGGGGAUGUGCGGGCGGCGGCGGGAUGGCUUCGGCCGUGUUUGAGGGCACCUCACUGGUGAACAUGUACGUGCGGGGCUGCUGGGUGAACGGCAUCCGGCGGCUCAUCAUCAGCCGGCGGGGCGACGAGGAGGAGUUCUACGAGAUCCGCACCGAGUGGUCGGACCGCAACAUCCUCUACCUGCACCGCAGCUACUCCGACCUCGGCCGCCUCUUCAAGCGUCUCCUCGAUUCCUUCCCCGAGGACCGGCCCGAGCUGUCCCGCUCUCCCUUGCUCCAAGGGCUCAUCACAAUAAAAGAAGCCCAUGAUAUAGAAGCCAGACUUAAUGAAGUGGAAAAGCUUCUGAAGACUAUUAUAAACAUGCCCUGGAAGUAUUCAAGGUCUGAAGUUGUCCUCACGUUCUUUGAGAGAUCUCCUUUGGACCAAGUUCUAAAAAAUGACAAUGUCCAUAAAAUUCAGCCAAGCUUUCAAAGUCCAGUUAAAAUAUCAGAAAUAAUGAGAUCAAAUGGAUUCUGUUUAGCCAACACUGAAACAAUAGUCAUUGACCACAGUAUACCUAAUGGAAAAGAGAAGCACCUGGAUGUAGAUUCAGCAGAACAUUUGUUUGAAAGUGUUAGUGACUUUGCCUCAGAGCUGGAAGACAGUGAUGAUCCAACAGCUUAUGUCACCAAUUUGACAUACUACCACCUGGUCCCAUUUGAGACUGACAUUCUGGACUGAGGCUGCUCAGGGGUGCAGUCAGCCAGCAUCCAGCCAACCUCUUUGUCCAUAGGUUCUGCUAUCUCUGGCAUUGCAUCUCUGUGAAUAAGGUUGUGCAGACAAGAUCAACAGCAGGGAAGCUUCAGCAAGAGCACCACAAAGCUGGUUUUAUAAGUGUGUUGUGUGUUAUGGAGGCAUCUUGUGAGGAGAUAUCUGCUUUGCUGCUGACAACAAACUCAGUUUCUGUGAAAGCAAGGCAGCAGAGGCUUCCUGGGGAUCAAGGAAAUCUCUGCUAUGUCUGUGGGAAUUGCCACCAUGACGCAGCUGUCCGAAACUUGUGCUGAAGCAGGCACAAGUCACCCGUGCUCCUUGUGGUGCAAGUUGAGUUCCCCUUUUAGGAUACCACCAUAAACUUCCUCGGAUGGUGUGACCACACUUUUUAUGCUUUGUAAGCAAGAAGACAAGCAAACCAGCUGAAUUUUGUCAGUUCCCUCUGCAAUUGCUUAAUGGAGGUCUCGUGGGUCGCUUUUUUGCUCAGCUACCGGAUGAUUGGUGCCUUACACGAGAUGUCAGAAAUACCAUUGAGUGCCUCCAGGAAACAGAGCACACGAGCUGACAGCUUUACUUCUUUUAAUCAUGGGCUUUUGUAUAAUUGCUGAAAGGGCGACUGCUCUUUCCUGGAAUAGUAAAGCAGACAGCAACUGGCACUGCGAUGAGCUGUGCAUGAUGCUUGGGUACCCAGAUGAUUUUGGAAGUCUGGAAAGCUGACGGGAAAGCUGAGCUGCUCCACUAAGAAGGGUCAAGGCCAAGGCAGGCACUUUGAUAACAUUUUUUCUUUUCAUGUGGACCAGCAUAUGUGAAUGGUGCUUACAGAUGUUUACAUCAGAGAGAUAAUUCCCUAUGCAUAUUUCUUCCCAGAGGAUGGGAAGGAAGACACUGAUAUUUAUGUUAUGUUUGGACUGAAAAAGAAUAAGCUGCAGUGUGCCUACAGUGGUAGGAAAAACAAUCUCUCCACUGCCACCCUGUCUCAAGGAAUUUGUCCAGCUUUCUGAGAUCUGCCUGGAGGGGUCAAGUUCAGGCCUCCUUGUUAUGUAAUGCCAUGGAUUUCAGCAGAAAUAGGACAGUGGGAGCAAAAGUGGGAUUGUACCCUGCAGCUCUUGACUGUUGAGUAGUGCAAUGUUAAUGUCUCCUCGGGGUCUGUCCUUUGCAGAACACCCUGAAUUCCCAGCUCUCACUGUGAGUGCUCAACACUCACCAGCAUGACCUUUCAUUGAGCUUUUUGCCAUCUGUUUGCAAAUAUUAUUUUGAAGGGACUGAAAUGGAAAGAAAUGCAUUUUUGGAUGUGUUUCUUGGACAAGAGGCUUGCUUGGUCCUGAAGAAGCCGAAACAACUCCCUUCUGCAGACUUUUCAUUUCUAUCUGUAGAAUAACAGUCAAACAGAAUGUUAAUGUAAAUAAUAAAUUAUUGAGAAUCCUAAUUCUUUUACACAGUAUGUUUCUAAAAUAUAUUUUAAUGAAAUAAAAUAAAAUGUAACUCACCUUCAGUA